AUGGAAAUUUUUAAAUGUAAGGAAGAAGAAGAAAGAGGUAGAGCUCACAAAGCAAUAAGAAGAUUUUUUGAAUUGAUGGGAGUAUCAGCUGUGGCUGACUUUUUACCAUAUUUAAGAUGGCUGGAUAUAGGAGGCCAUGAGAAAGCCAUGAAAGAGACUGCUAAUGAAAUGAACUGUCUUGUUGAAGAAUGGUUAGCAGAGCACAGAAGACAGAGGGAAUUAAGAGGAACAAAAUAUGGUGAUGAAGAAGAUUUAAUGGAUGUUAUGUUGUCCAUUUGUGAAGACAGAGAUCUUCCUGGUUUUGAUGCUGAUACUAUUAUUAAAGCUACAUGCUUGGCUCUGCAAUCAGCAGGAACAGACACCACGAUCGUAACGCUGACAUGGACUUUAUCUUUGCUCCUAAACAACUACCAAACACUGAAAGCCCAAGAUGAAUUAGAUGUUCGUGUUGGGAAGCACAGAUGGGUCCAAGAGUCAGAUAUCAAGAACAUGGUUUAUCUUCAAGCUAUUGUUAAAGAAGCAUUACGUUUAUGUCCAGCUGCACCACGUUUGCUACCCCACGAGUCUAUAGAAGAUUGUGUUAUUAGUGGCUACGAUAUACCAAAAGGCACUCGCUUACUAGUGAACAUAGGGAAGAUUCACUGCGAUCCAGAUUUAUGGCCAAAUCCUGACGAGUUUAAGCCAGAGAGGUUUUUGACGACACAUAAGGAUGUCGAUGUGAGAGGAAAUCACUUUGAGUUGAUUCCAUUUGGUAGCGGAAGAAGAAUGUGCCCCGGAAUUUCUAUGGGUCUUCAGGUUGUGCAAUAUGUAUUAGCUGUGCUGCUACAAGGGUUUGAAAUGAAGAGGCCUUCGGAUGAACCAAUUGAUAUGAUUGAGAGCUUUGGAUUGACAAUCCUUAAAGCUUCUCCUCUCCAAGUUCUCCUUACUCUUCGCUUGGCCUCUAGUCUUUACGAAUGA